AUGCGGGCUGUUAUACAACGUGUUGCCAAAGCGUCUGUGAAGGUUGGAGAAGAAGUGGUAGGCUCUAUAGGAAGAGGAGUUUGCGUUUUCGUUGGAAUAUCCAGGGAAGACAGUGAUGAUGAUAUCGAAUACAUUGUCCGAAAAAUCCUUAAUAUUCGUUUGUUUGAGUCAGAAAAGAAACGAUGGGAUAAGUCUGUCAAAGAUGAAGGACUGGAAGUCCUUUGUGUCAGCCAAUUCACGCUGUAUGGAUUUCUAAAGGGUAAUAAGCUAGAUUUUCACAAUUCAAUGAAUCCUGAAGACGCUUCUGUGUUCUACAGCCGCUUUAUGGAUCGGUUACGCUCGUCUUAUGUGACUGAGAAGAUACAGGAUGGACGUUUCGCUGCUAUGAUGAAUGUUGAAAUUAUUAAUGAUGGCCCAGUCACAAUAAAUCUAGACAGUAAGAAUAGAGAAUGA